CAAAUCACUCACCCCUAACAUUCUCCUUCCGUCAACAAAACGAAUAAAAGAAGAAAGAGAAAAAGAAAAAAAAAGCGGUUCAUCUCUUCCCCGGACCGGAACUCGAACCCAAAACCGGUUCACACACAAGGAUGACGUCACAACAGGAGGGUGGGUGUUUAUAGGGAUAAUUUCAAUUACAAGCAGGAUGAUGAGUGGGGAAGGAAAAGUGGUGUGUGUGACAGGUGCUAAUGGUUUUAUUGCUUCAUGGAUUGUUAAGUUUCUCCUUCAAUGUGGUUACACUGUCAGAGCAACUGUUCGUCACCCAAGUAAUUCUGAAAAGGUUGAUCACUUGGUUAAACUUGAUGGUGCAAAGGAGAGGUUGCAACUCUUUAAGGCAGAUCUCUUGGAAGAAGGUUCUUUUGACUCUGUUGUUGAGGGUUGUGAUGGUGUCUUUCAUACUGCUUCACCUGUUCGUUUUGUCGUAAAUGACCCACAGGCUGAGUUGAUUGAUCCGGCACUGAAGGGAACUCUUAAUGUUCUUCAAUCAUGUGCAAAAUCACCAUCUGUGAAACGAGUUAUCUUAACGUCCUCUAUUUCUGCAGUUGUAUUUGAUACAAGGCCAAAAAAUCCUGGAGUCAUAGUUGAUGAGACAUGGUUUUCAAAUCCAGAUUUAUGCAGGGAAUCAAAGUUAUGGUACACACUUUCGAAGACUUUGGCUGAGGCUGCUGCCUGGAAAUUUGUAAAUGAAAACAGCAUUGACAUGGUUGCUAUUAACCCAACAAUGGUGGCAGGACCUCUCUUACAACCAGAGCUUAACGGAAGUGUUGAACCAAUUUUAAACCUAAUAAGUGGUAUACCUUUUCCAAAUAAAGCAUACGGAUGGUGCAAUGUGAAAGAUGUUGCUAACGCCCAUAUUCUGGCAUAUGAGACUGCUUCAGCUAGUGGAAGAUAUUGUUUGGCUGAGAGAGUGGUACACUAUUCAGAACUUGCUAUGAUUUUACGUGAUCUGUACCCAACUUUACAAAUUUCAGACAAGUGUGAGGAUGACGGGCCGUAUAUGCCAACAUAUCAGAUUUCUAAGGAAAAGGCUAAGAGUUUGGGAAUCGAGUUUACUUCUUUGGAAGUCACCCUCAAGGAGACUGUGGAAAGCUUCAGAGAGAAAAAGAUCGUCAACUUUUAAUUUGUCGCGAUAUUCCACUUAAUAAAUUCUUGACAAGAUGUUAGUGUCAUUUGAUCCAUGAAGUGAAAGUGAAUCCCCAACUUAGUACGAUAACAUUUUCACUUGUUGAAAAAAUGUUGACAAUCUCAAUCAUGUUGACUUUGUGAUUAUUCUAGGAACAAGUUAUUUCGGUUUCUUGUUUCAUUUUUUGCAAAAGUCCUGUCAUUUGUUCAUGUAAACCAAUAUUAUUAUUUCAUCUUGAAGGAUUUUGGGUCUUUGUCUUCA